AGGGGCAAGGGUAGUGGGAAUGUGAUCAAUCUCCAUCCGUCUACAUUAGCAAUCACCUUAACACAGUGACAGACACCACGCAAAACUCAAUCAAAUUAGUUUGAUUUAUUUGGUUUUUAAAAACCCGGAAACCUUCACGAUCGACUAACAGGGAAACAACGAAAGAGCACGCGCUGGGUGAGAAGUGAGAACCAAUAGGCUACAGCUCUUCUCCAUAAUGCACAGUUUGCACUGUAUUUGUUUUUGAGUUGCCGUCUUGAGUUCUCUGUCUUCGGGUUGCCAUCCAGACUUCCUCGGUAUUGGUGGAUAGCCGCAUUGGGUUCAUCUGGUCGCCCUUACCAGGCUACUAAAGGAGAGAAGCUUGGGGACAGGAAGGAGAGAACAAGUGCACUUGCAUCGGCCCCUCUCUCGUCAAGCUGCAACAUCGGGGGAAAUCGAACUAUUGGCAAGAUCUGGGGGGACCCGUGACUGCCUCUAGCAUGAUGUCAUACCUCAAACAGCCCCCCUACGGCAUGAAUGGCCUAGGGCUCAGCGGCUCCGCCAUGGACCUACUGCACCCGUCUGUGGGCUACCCAGCGACGCCUAGAAAACAGCGUCGUGAACGGACCACGUUCACGCGCUCGCAGUUGGACAUCCUCGAGUCGCUCUUUGCUAAAACUAGGUAUCCGGAUAUCUUCAUGCGCGAAGAGGUCGCACUGAAAAUUAACCUUCCGGAAUCCAGGGUCCAGGUGUGGUUCAAGAACCGCCGGGCGAAGUGCCGGCAGCAGGCACAGAGCGGCAACAGUACCAAGGCCCGUCCGGCCAAGAAGAAGUCCUCUCCGGCGAGGGAGAGCACCGGGUCGGAGAGCAGCGGCCAGUUCACCCCGCCUGCCGUCUCCAGCGCAGUCUCCUCCUCUUCUUCCUCCUCCUCCACCAAUCACGCAGGGGCGGGCCUCAGCAACACCUCUACCUCCAUCAGCACCGUCUCGUCCAUUUGGAGUCCCGCCAUCUCCCCGGGCAACGGCCCGUUAACACCCGCCUCCGCCCCGCCGCUCGCCGAGCCCCCAGGACCCCCGUCCAACGCCUCCUGCAUGCAGCGGUCAGUCUCGGGGUCGGUCUCGGCCACCUCCUCCUAUCCCAUGUCCUACAACCAGACGACAGGCUACGGCUCCUACAACCCUACCCCGUCCAGCUCCUACUUCAGCGGGGUGGACUGCGGCUCCUACCUGGCCCCCAUGCACUCUCACCCACACCACCAGCUCAGCCCCAUGACGGCCUCUUCUAUGUCGGGUCACCCGCACCACCACAUCAGUCAGUCUUCAGGACACCACCACCACCACCAUCACCAGGCUUACGGAGGCUCUGGCCUGGCCUUCAAUGGCUCAGACUGCUUGGAUUAUAAAGAGCAGACAGCGGCCUCCUCGUGGAAACUCAACUUUAAUGCCAGUGACUGCUUGGACUACAAAGACCAGGCCUCCUGGAGGUUCCAAGUCUUGUGAGGACUACAAAGACCAGGCCUCCUGGAGGUUCCAAGUCUUGUGAGGACUACAAAGACCAGGGGACUCAUGUCUUGUGAUUGGUUUACUUUUUUUUCCUCCCUUCUGUAUUUUCUCUCCUUCCCUAUUUGGUUUCCUCACUCAUCAUUUGUUGAUUUUUAAAGAGAAAAAAGUAUAUGAACUUUAAAAAGUAACAGCAAUUAUAGUUUGGAUGGACAGAAGCUCAUUGAUUGGACUUAUUUUUUAUUAUUUUCAAUAAACGGUCCCUUUCUCGCUUAUGAAAACAACUUGAGAGAGGGCUGUGGGCUUGAUUGAAAAGUCGUUUUUACUUUUGUCAAUGAAGAAAUGUUUCGACCUUUUAACUAUGGACUGUUUUAACAAAUGUUGUUUCAACCAAACUUCUGUGACCACUAGCGUCCUCCUGUCCUGGCUCUGGCGAUGCACUCAUGUCUGUCUCUGGAAAGAUGAGGAUUUACCUACCGUCACCGUGCCAGUGCACGCGCUGCUUACCUCCGUCCAUUUCCAAUCAAAUCCUGUUUUUAUUUCUGAAAUGUGUUAUUUUUAGGAUGAAAGAGAUUUUAGUCAGCGACGUAAAGGCGUUGAAAUGUGUAUAUAUGUAUUUGGGUCAGUUACAGUGACCACGUUUAGUUGGUGUUUCUGAAUUUGAAAUUGUUUAAUAAUAAGAACUUUGAAAAAACUAUAGCCGAUGUAAAUCAUUCCAAAGAUAACGAAUUGGCCAUGAAGUUCCAUUUUUUUUAUAUACGUUUUCCUCUAUAGACAAAAUGCAUUAGACAACUUGAAAUGUCCUGGAGAAACGAAAUAAGAAAAUAUACAAGUAAAACAGGUAUUAGAACAAGCUCAAUCAGGACUGCAGUUUUUCAAAAGGAAAAUAUCUUUUUAAAAGUUAAAAAUUAUUUCAAACAUACCUCCUGACUCUGGCAUUUGUCAAUCGUAAAAUUUGACAUAUUUUAACAAUAGCACUUGACUUCCUGUUGGAGUCAAAUUAAUCAUUUUUAAGAAUGUGGAUUUGCUGUUCCAAGAUGCCAGUGAAAUGUUGAAUGUAUCUCAAGGCGAACACCCUUAUCCAUUCAAUAAAGAUACGUCAACUCAUA